GAUGCCAUUCAGUUGGUUAUCAUACAAGGGAAAGCCGGGUGUGGCAAAAGUACAGUCAUUAAGUCUAUGACAUCUCGCCUGAAAGAAACUCCUGGCCUGGGUAGUGCUAGCUAUCUGUUGCUCGCCCCCACAGGGUCUGCUGCCCUAAACAUCAACGGUAACACGAUUCACGCUGCUUUGAGCAUACCAGUCAGGACGUCAGGUUACAGACCUCUUGAGGGAGCUGCCAAGAAGAGAUUCCUUGAAGACAUGGAUAAGAUCCGUUUCAUCAUCAUCGAUGAGUAUUCGAUGAUAGGACUUUCACUUUUUGGGAUGAUAGAGCAAAGAUGUGCAGAAUCCAAGCCUCAGUGUAACUCUCAGAUUUUUGGAGGGAUUCGUAUCUACCUCAUAGGAGACAUCAGACAGCUACCCCCAGUUGCAAGCAAACCACUCUAUUCCCCAUCAGCGAAGAGUGAACUUGAAAUAAAAGGAGCAUUUGCUGUGUCUCAGUUCCAACAUGCUGUUGUCUUGACUCAGUCAAUGAGACAGACUGAUAACACCUUUAGGCAAGCCCUUGACGAGGUUGCCAGGGGUCGUUGCACGGUCGCAACAUAUGCAGUUUUCAGUAAUCGUUUUUAUAUCAACUUGACGGAAGAAGAACGACGAAACUUCAACGAUGCCAUUCACAUCUUUUCCCUGAGAAUGACGGCUAAAGCUUUCAACCUAAACCGACUACUAGGCCUGCAUUCCCCAGUAGCUCGCAUCCCUGCUAAACACAACAACUUGGUGGCAAGUCAGGGAACUAGCGAUGACGCUGGAGGUCUCCAGAAGGUGAUCUACCUCGCGGAAGGAGCUUUAGUUGUGCUCAAGGCCAACUUGUGGGUGGCUUCUGGGCUCGUCAACGGCGCCAUCGGCGAAGUCGUGGCAAUUGUAUAUGAGUCUGGAAAAUCCACCCCAAAUGAUCUACCAAUAGCUGUCAUGGUGAAUUUCGCCAAUUAUUCUGGACCGAGGAUGCAGCGAGAUACAUUUCCGAUCUCUCCGAUAAUAAGAUCAUGGAAGAAAGGAAAUGCAACUUGCACAAGAGAGCAGAUUCCUUUGGAUCUGGCUUGGGCAAGCACAGUCCACCAAUCUCAAGGCCAAACAUACGACCGGGUUGUCGUGGACUUGGGGCGUACAGAGUUCACGAUCGGUCUCUCCUACGUUGCUCUCUCACGCUGCAAGACGUUGGAUGGAUUGGCAAUCAAUCCACCAUUUAUCAGAAAACGACUGGAUGAUUUGCAUCAUAAGAAUUCUUUGAAGGCCUUUGGCGCGCACAGCUAGAGGACUCUAUAAGUGCCAACUUGACGAAAUAUCCAGCAGUGCGAAAUGGAG